AUGGCGAAACACCUUCUCCACCGGAGCAAUGCACUUCCUGAAGAGGUCGAUGCAGAGGUUCUCGAAACGCGCGCGCGAGAUACUGCAGUUGAAGUCCACGCCGUCGAAGAACGAGUCGAUCUCGAUCUGCGCCUGCGUGGCCGAGGACAGCGUGCGCUUCGCGCGCUCGCACUGCGUGCGCAAACGGCGCAGCGCCUUGGCGUUGCCGCGGGGGUCCUUUUUGUUGAUGCGGAUGAACUCGUUCACGCAGUAGUCCACGAGGCGGUUGUCGAAGUCCUCGCCGCCGAGGUGCGUGUCGCCGGCAGUCGCUUUAACUUCGAAAAUGCCCUCGUCAAUCGUCAGAAGACUGACGUCGAACGUGCCGCCGCCGAGGUCGAAGAUGAGCACGUUCCGCUCUCCUUUCUCGUGCUUCUUGUCAAGGCCAUAGGCGAUCGCAGCAGCGGUAGGCUCAUUGAUGAUGCGCAGAACGUUCAAACCCGCAAUGGCGCCGGCGUCUUUAGUCGCCUGGCGCUGCGAGUCGUUGAAGUACGCAGGGACGGUGAUCACAGCGUUCUUCACCUCGCUGCCCAAGUAGUCCGAGGCAACCUCCUUCAUCUUGUCGAGAACCAUUGCGCUAAUCUCCUCAGGGUGGUAGGCCUUGAGCUGGUUCUGGAACUUGACUUCGAUAAUAGGCUUGUCGCCGGCGUCCGCGCGGACCUUGAACGGCCAGUGCUUCAUGUCCGCCUGAAUUGCCGGAUCGCUGAACUUGCGGCCGAUCAGACGCUUUGCGUCGAAGACCGUGUUUUCAGGAUCUAA